UUAUAUUGAUAUGCCAAUCAAACGAAACGGUAGUUUAAUAAAAAAGAAUGGCAACAAAGAAAAUAUUGAAGAUCUCAAACAGGAGGUUAUUAUGGAUGAACAUAAAAUCAUUAUUGAAGAAUUAGUAUUACGAUUGAAAACAAAUGCCGACAUUGGACUGACGAAUGCUCAAGCUAAAACCGUUCUUGAACGUGAUGGACCAAAUGCAUUGACACCGCCGAAAAAAACACCAGAAUGGGUUAAAUUCUGUAAACAAUUAUUCGGAGGUUUUGCACUGUUACUUUGGAUUGGUGCUGUACUUUGUUUUUUUGCCUAUUCCAUACAGGCAACUACAUAUGAAGAAGCAUCACCAGACAAUCUUUAUCUUGGUAUCGUAUUGGCCGGUGUCGUUAUAAUAACCGGAUGUUUUUCCUAUUAUCAGGAAGCCAAAUCAUCUGCUAUAAUGGAAUCAUUUAAAAAUAUGGUACCACAAUUUGCCACUGUAAUACGUGAAGGACAAAAAUUAACAGUACCGGCUGAAGAGAUUGUUGUUGGUGAUAUUAUUGAAAUAAAAAGCGGUGAUCGAAUACCGGCAGAUAUUCGUAUAUUAAAAUCACAAGGAUGUAAAGUAGAUAAUUCUUCAUUAACAGGCGAAUCUGAACCACAAACACGUUCACCUGAACUUACACAUGAUAAUCCCUUGGAAACUAGAAAUUUAGCAUUCUUUUCGACAAAUUGUGUGGAAGGUACCGCUCAAGGAAUUGUUAUCAAUACUGGCGAUCGUACAAUAAUGGGACGUAUAGCGAAUUUAGCUUCUGGCCUGGAAAUGGGUGAAACACCCAUUGCAAAAGAAAUUGAACAUUUUAUCCAUAUUAUUACUGGUGUUGCCGUCUUCCUUGGUGUUACAUUUUUUCUAAUAGCAUUCGUACUUGGUUAUCAUUGGUUGGAUGCUGUUAUAUUUUUAAUUGGAAUUAUUGUGGCCAACGUACCGGAAGGUUUAUUGGCCACCGUAACCGUUUGUCUAACAUUAACGGCCAAACGUAUGGCAAGUAAAAAUUGUUUAGUAAAAAAUUUAGAAGCCGUAGAAACAUUAGGAUCAACAUCGACAAUUUGUUCGGAUAAAACGGGUACAUUAACACAGAAUCGUAUGACUGUAUCACAUUUAUGGUAUGAUCGUAAUGUUGCCGAAGCUGAUACUACUGAAGAUCAAUCAGGAAAACAGCAUGAAAAAACAUCAAUCGGUUGGAAAGCAUUAAGUAGAGCCUGUUGUCUAUGUAGUCGUGCUGAAUUUAAGCCAGAUCAAGAUGAUGUUCCUAUUUUAAAAAGAGAUUGUAUUGGCGAUGCAUCUGAAUCAGCAAUACUUAAAUGUAUGGAAUUAACUAUUGGCAAUGUGGAUGAAUAUCGUAGAAAAAAUCCAAAAGUUUGUGAAGUUCCAUUCAAUUCAACUAAUAAAUAUCAUGUUACUAUACAUGAAACGGAAGAAAUUCCACAAUCAUGCUAUUUACUAUGCAUGAAAGGAGCACCGGAACGUAUUCUCGAUAGAUGUACAACCGUACUAUUGAAUGGCGAAAAUAGAAUUAUUGAUGAACAAUUUCGAAAUGAUUUUAAUGCCGCUUAUAUUGAAUUAGGUGGAUUGGGUGAACGUGUUAUUGGAUUUUGUGAUUAUCCAUUGCCUAUAGAUAAAUAUCCACCCGGUUAUCCAUUCGAUCCGGAUGAAGAGAAUUUUCCAUUAGAUUGUUUACGAUUUUUAGGAUUGAUUUCAAUGAUUGAUCCACCUAGAGCUGCUGUACCCGAUGCUGUGGCCAAGUGUAGGAGCGCCGGUAUCAAAGUUAUAAUGGUGACUGGUGAUCAUCCAAUUACAGCUAAAGCUAUUGCUAAAGCUGUUGGAAUAAUUUCUGAAGGAACUGAAACAUCUGAAGAUAUUGCUAAUCGACUGAAAAUAUCUAUCGAUCAAGUUGAUUCAAGUAAAGCAAAAGCUAUCGUAGUUCAUGGCCAAGAAUUAAAAGAUAUGAAAGAAAAUCGUUUGGAUGAAAUACUUAAAAAUCAUACGGAAAUAGUUUUUGCACGAACAUCACCGCAACAAAAAUUAUUCAUUGUUGAAGGCUGCCAACGGCAAGGUCAAAUUGUUGCCGUCACCGGUGAUGGUGUGAAUGAUUCGCCGGCAUUGAAAAAGGCUGAUAUUGGCGUUGCAAUGGGCAUCGCUGGUUCCGAUGUAUCCAAACAAGCUGCCGAUAUGAUUCUUUUGGAUGAUAAUUUUGCAUCAAUUGUAACCGGUGUUGAAGAAGGACGAUUAAUAUUCGACAAUCUUAAAAAAUCUAUUGCAUAUACCUUGACUAGUAAUAUACCUGAAAUAUCUCCAUUCUUAUUUUUUAUCAUUUUCAAUGUACCAUUGCCAUUGGGAACAGUUACAAUAUUAUGUAUCGAUCUUGGCACCGAUAUGGUACCGGCAAUUUCAUUAGCAUAUGAACAAGCCGAAAGCGAUAUAAUGAAAAGGCAGCCAAGAAAUCCGAUGAAAGAUAAAUUAGUUAAUGAACGUUUAAUUUCUGUUUCAUAUGGCCAAAUUGGUAUGAUACAAGCAGCGGCUGGUUUUUUCACCUAUUUUGUUAUUAUGACCGAAUCUGGUUUCACACCUGAUUAUAUAUUCGGAUUAAGAGAAGCAUGGGAUUCAAAAGCCAUCAAUGAUUUACCUGAUUCAUAUGGACAGGAAUGGACAUACAAAACACGAAAAGAUCUUGAAUACACUUGCCAUACUGCUUUUUUCGUAUCGAUCGUUGUUGUACAAUGGGCAGAUUUGAUUAUUUGUAAAACACGUCGAAAUUCCAUCAUUCAUCAAGGCAUGAACAAUCAUGCUUUAAAUUUUGGCCUAGUUUUCGAAACAGUUUUAGCCGCAUUUCUAUCAUAUUGUCCGGGUAUGCCAGUUCUUCUUCGAUUAUAUCCUUUGAAAUUCACAUGGUGGUUACCAGCGAUACCAUUUUCAAUAUUAAUAUUUAUCUAUGAUGAAAUUCGUCGUUUUAUACUUAGACAUCGUCCUGGUGGUUGGGUUGAACAAGAAACUUAUUAUUGAAAAAAAAAAACAAAAAAAAAAAACAA